UCGCAAUCCCUAUCUAGGUUAUGAUCUUAUCUGGUAUUUUUCCUUGUUUAUUUGGAUUUUCUACGCUAAUUACAGCUCAAUUUGUUAACUAUUUGUCGAAUACCUUAUUGAUAAUGAUCAACGGUUUAUGUAUUCGACGUUUGUAGUGUUUUUAGCUCAAAUAUCGGAGAAUAGAGUAGAUAUUUUUCUGUUUGAUUGAAAUUUUCAGUCCAAGAAUGGUUUUACUUCGUGUUUGAUUCGUUACAUGAUAUCCCUUUCGUUACUUAAUUGAUCAUUAAAUAGUUUUAUUGAUACGAGAAUGCAAAUUUUCAGACUAAUUAAGGAGAUAAUUUGAAGAGGAUAACGACCAGCUUAAGUUUUCAUCAUAAGUGUAUAUGGUCUGCAGGGGCCUAAACUGACUUUCCCUGGGGAGUUGCAGAUAACUAUGGAGUUGCAAUUUGGCAUUGUCUAACAAGAAUGCCAGGCAUAUCUUUAGUUGCUCGUGAAACCACUUACUCUAGAGGCUCAGAUCAAAUGUGCCGCCAUGAAGCUCGAGUUCAAUUGUCUCCGGAAGAACAAACUGCAGCAGAAGAAAGCCUUUCAGUUUAUUGCAAGCCUGUAGAACUAUACAACAUUCUUCAACGACGUGCUGUUAGAAAUCCAUCUUUUCUUCAAAGAUGUUUGCACUACAAGUUACAAGCGAAGCAAAAAAGAAGGAUACAAAUUUCAGUAUCCAUAUCUGGUGCUACUAAUGAUGGACCACAAACUCAGAGCCUUUUUCCUUUGUACAUUUUGUUGGCAAGACUGGUCUCUACUACAAAUGUGGAGACACAGUGUACAGCUGUUUAUCGCUUCAGUCGAGUAUGUAAAUUAAUGGUUUUUGGUGGGGAUGAGACGUCAAGUUCAGCUCGAGCAAAAUUUAUUCUCCCUGAAAUGAGCAAACUAUCAAUGGAGGUCAAAUCUGGCUCUCUUGCUGUGUUGUUGGUUAGAUGUGCUGAUACCACAAAUCUUGAAGGGAUUGAUCUAACAGAGGACCAUAUGUUUUCCACCUCAUUGAGCCGUGUGGGUUACUGCUCGUUUGGGAAGAUUCCAAUAGAUUUACUUCAUUCGUCAUGGCAAGCAUCUCCAACAUUAAGUUUAGGAGGGAGAGCUGAGAUGAUCUCAACAGUUAUUAUGCAAACCUGCUAUAUGAAGUUGAGUUGUUUGGAUGGGGGAAAAUGUGUAUCUUUUCAUUUUCCGUAUAAUUCUGAAGCUCUGCAAGUACCAGUCAUCAUUUGUGCAGAAGAGGCUGGGGUAAAAAAUAUGUCGCCCUAUGACAUGUAUUCAUACAACGAUACUCCUAGACCUGGUAUUAUGAGGUUGAGAUCUGGAAAUGUCAUUUUUAACUACAAGUACUACAACAAUAUGUUGCAGAGGACUGAAGUUACAGAGGAUUUUUCUUGUCCAUUCUGUCUGGUGAAAUGUGCAAGUUACAAGGGUCUGAGAUUUCACUUGACUUCAUCACAUGAUCUCUUCCACUAUGAGUUUUGGGUGACUGAAGAUUAUCAAGUCGUGAUUGUAUCUAUGAGGACUGAUGUAUGCAAUUCCGAGAUAAUUCCUGACAAUGUUGAUCCUAAGCAGCAAAUGUUUUUCUAUUGCUAUAAGUCCGCGAGACGCAGGAAACCAAAGUGCUUAACUCAAAAUGCUAAUCAUGUGCAUCCGCUUGUGCUGGAUUCAGCUAUGCCUGCAAAUCUCACUGAGCUCAUAGACAAUACAGAUUGUGUACCUGAAUGCAUGGAACGUGAUACAUAUAGUCCUGAUGCAAGUGCCACUGGUCAUUCAUUUGCUGAACCAGAGUCUGUCCAAUCAGUGCCUGGAAGCAACCUUGGACCUCCUGCUAUGCUACAAUUUGCGAAGACAAGAAAGUUAUCCAUUGAACGAUCUGACCCUAGAAACCGAGCUCUGUUGCAGAAACGGCAGUUCUUUCACUCGCACAGAGCUCAGCCAAUGGCCUUGGAGCAAGUGUUUGCUGAGCGAGAUAGUGAAGAUGAAGUUGAUGAUGAUGUUGCUGAUCUCGAAGACAGAAGGAUGCUUGAUGACUUUGUGGAUGUUUCAAAAGACGAGAAGCAAAUGAUGCAUCUGUGGAACUCGUUUGUGAGAAAGCAACGGGUGCUGGCAGAUGGCCAUAUUCCUUGGGCAUGUGAGGCAUUUUCAAAAUUGCAUGGACCAGACCUUGUUCAGUCCCCAUCACUGCUCUGGUGCUGGAGACUAUUCAUGAUUAAAAUUUGGAAUCAUGGUCUUGUGGAGUCGCGAACCUUAAAUAACUGUAACAUGAUACUGGAACAAUACCAAACCCAAUACAUGAUAGAUCCUAAUCUUAAUCCUAACCCUAAUCCUAAACCUAUUCCUAAUCCUAUAUCUAAUACUAUUACGAGCGAUGAUAGGUAAUCAAAUCCCGACAUGUUGUUAGGUGGUUCACAAACAUUCUUUUCUCUUCUUCUAAGAUAAUAUAUGCAUCAGUAACUUUUAACAA